UUAUCCUUAGUGCCCAUUAAGCCUCCUCAAAGGGUGGCUACCGAAAGACUUAAAGCUUCAGAAUUUAUUCAAGUCAUCUGGAUUCAUGUACCUUUUGGUUAUGUCGGUGGUCUUCUCAUAGGAUAUUUCAUAAAAUAUCAAAGAAUUGUAACACCUGGUAAGGAAGUUCUUCCAACGGAGGAGGAAACAGCCAUGGCAAAAUCAACGGAUCUGAAAGUUCAAACCUACUCAAUUUACAAAAUUAAAGUGGCGGCGUUCACUCAAAAGGGCAUGGGCCCGUAUAGCGAUUAUGUUUAUGGUGGUAAGUUUGAUGUGGGAGUGAAAUACCAGGAGAGGAGAAGAAUGAUAACAGCCUCAUUGUAAAAUGUUUUUAGAAGAUUAUUUGAAAUUUACUGCCAGUUAACUGUCAAUUAGGGAUUCAUCAGCAUAUUACAGGGCCUUAUGUGGAUAAGGUAAAUUAUAUCGUGACACAAACAUAAUCCUCUGACGCCCACCCGCGAUAAGUAAUGCAGACCGCUUCCUUAUAUGGUUUGAUGAUUUGGUUCUCUCGUUGACAGAGAGGUGAGGGAGAGGGUAGGACAUUACCUCAUUAGAGGGUAUUGAUUUUUGUCCUUCCGGCAAAAAAACAUGGAAAUUUUUUCCUCUUUUUUCCGUCUUAUCCUUCUCUUUUUGAAACCUGUCGCUGUCCGAAAAUGCUUUACACUAACUACUAGUCAACUGCUCCAUGUCUAAGAGUGAAAGGUGAGUUAUUUCGUAGACUGUCACAACACUUUUAUAACCAUUACUAUAUAAUUUAUAAUUAUUAUUAUAAUUGAAUUUAUAGCAAAUUUUUCUGAGACAAAAAGUUGGAAAAUUCAAUUUGCAUGUUAAUGACAAACAACGGACUGAUCAAUCAAAUGGGUAGUUAUUGGUGGAUUAUCGACUUACUUAAGUAAUUGGUGGAUUAAUUGAUCGAUCGAUAGAUAGAAGUAGUUAGUGACUGAUUGGUUGUCUCAUUGCUUGGUCCAGACCACUCACAAAAGUGUCCUUAAUCUCUUCUUUGAUUUUGAAUUUAGGAGCAAAAUUACUAUAAUCAUAUUACUUAGAUGCUUGAGAUUUCAGUUUGCUUGGUAUGUGGAUAUUUAUAUCAAUUCAUAUUGGAGCCAUUCAAAACUCUACAAAGCAAAGCGUCGGCUCUUUGAAAAACACAAGAGUAAACGAAGGUAAUAUUGAAGUUUUCUUUCUUUUUUUUGAUAACUCCGUUUUUUUUUUCUUUAAUCAAAAGGAAACAAUUAAUCUGCAUGUAGUCUGCGUGUUUUCCUUGAUACAUAAACGUGGAAAAAAAUGUUUUGUUUUGCCAGACAGGUCCCCUCGUCCAAGAUUGGACAUGCCCGUUUUUUAUUAAGUAAGGGGAGGUGUCAUGAAAUUGAAAAGCUGACAUGACAAGGAUAAUUUUAAGCCUCAUAUCAUUUACUACCGACUGUUUAGUGAGUUAUUCACUUCUUUUCCUGCUGUGUUAUUGUUGACGUCAUAGCAAACAAUCCAAUUGAUAUCAUCAAUAUCAAAAUAUUAAUCACGUUGAUCUUCGAGAUGCAAGCUCGUAUGGCCGGUUAUUUUGAGAUUGAAAUCUAAGCAAAAUCACUUGGAAAAGUAAACAUGCAGCAAAAAAAAAAAAAAAAAAACGCUAUUUGAAAUGCUCAUUGAUCAGUAAAGCCGUGAGGAAAUGCUCAUAAUUAUAGGUCUCAUCUUACCUAUAACUGAAUAAUAGCUAAGAAAUAUACCAUCUUUGAGGACUUCCGUUCAACAGUGCUGGAGGAUGGAAAAGUCGAAGGUGCUCUUCCAAACACAUACGUUGCAGCGGAGCACAAACACGAGCUGUUCAACGACAAAAUCUUUAUCAAAGAGAUUCUGGACAGACCAUUUGGUUAUAGAGUUGUUCUAUCAGGAGCGGCAGUGAAUAUGGAAUAG